AGUUACGCAACGCAUGCGCUGUUGCAGGCGCUUUAAACAAGUCCUCAAGAGAGAGGAACAUGAAGGCGAGCCGGAGAAUGGGCAGGGAAAUGGGGGACGGCCACUAAUAAUUGUAAACACCGUAAAUUGUAUACAGUGAAAAAAGCAGCCAAAGUUCGAAUGGAUAAAUACCCUUACAAGUUUGAAAAUGCGAUUUCGAAGUCCCGUAUGCGCAAUCUCAAGCGAAGUAUUAGUUAGUUGAAGGGACUGUUAUUGUUUUCUUUGCUGCAGAUCUAAAAUGGAGGAGCUACUGGCUGUACUCGGCAGCCCUCACGCAUUGACGUUUUUCCGUGCAGAAAAUGGAGGCUGCUUUUGGUUUACUUGUGGGGGAAGCGAUAAGUUAUUACAUUAACAAAAAAGCUAGCUAAAUAACUAGCUGACGUUUUCUAGGCAGCCACUGGGAAGGAGGGAAAACCGAUCACAGAGGGCCUUACCCAAUGUUAUUGGCGGAAAAUAACGUGCCUAGCUAAAUCCAGUCAAUAAAUCCAUUGGAAUCUUAACCUGGCCGUCGGUCAUUUGUCCUUGAAAGCAAACGAACCAAAAUAAUAAAGUAGAUGUUAGGUUGAUAACGUUAGGCCGUAUGGUUACGGAGUAUAAGUUGAGUACGCCAUGAAUAUGAGAUCUACUGUGUUUGCCAGUGGUGGAUAUAAACUGGAUGCUGAGAAAAUCGACUUGGACAAAUCGCAAACGGCAACCACCAACUCAAUCGGCAUCAAGAGAGAGCCGUGCGACUUUGUAAUCGACGUUCUUGACGUGCUGGGAGACAUCCACAACAACGGAGGCGGACAACAGCUCCUGAAAUCCAAGAAACCGAUUCACAAUCACGCUAGUAAAUCCGCUCGGACCCCUGUGGCGGCUGGACAGAACAAAGCGGGUGCAGUGGUAGGGCAGGAGGAGAACUGGGUGAGCUUGGGCGCCCUGACAGCGCCAGGUAAACAGAUGGGGGGCGAGGGCACCCCGGUAAAGAGCAAAACCCUAUUCGGACAGACGAACAACAUGGAUAAGACGGACCCAACGGCGGUGAACGCUAACAAUAGCUCCAGGGACAUUGCAACCGAGGGAAGUGACAGAGGGAUUGCAGCUGCAGGAGUUCAUAACACUGCAUCGCUCGAGCUGAGCUCAGAGGGCAAGUGGAAAAACGUCCGGAAAACCACCAGCCACUCCCCUACUCAAGCUACAUGUCUCCGCCAGAUCCUGUUGCUGCAACUGGACCUGAUAGAACAGCAGCAACAGCAGCUGCAGUCGAAGGACAAGGAAAUAGAUGAGCUCAAAGCGGACAAGGAGACGCUGUUGGCCCGUAUAGAGCGUAUGGAACGCCGUUUGCAGCUGGUAAAGAAGGACUCCCGUGACAAGCGACUGUUCCAGCCUCUAGAGCCCUGGACGCCUGAAAGGGAGGAUUUUCUGGAAGGCAGUUCAAGUGAAAGCCCACAAAUUCAUACCACUAAGGCCAUCUCGUUUGGCAGAGGUGGCAAAGGCCAUAAGAGGAAGUUUUGCUUCCUCGACUCCAAGACGCCCAAGUCGCGGGGGAAGCCCUCUAAGUUCUCCCCACAGAAAUCAGACUCCGAGGUAGGCUCUCCCUUUCAAAGGGAACUCCGCAGCAAGGAAACCCCUGAAAAAAUGGGAGUGUCCCGGCCCCUGCUACAGGGAGCCACCCCACCAACAGCCAAGGAGGAUCCCCAAAGGACUGCUGCUCAGAUGGGGGAGAUGCCUUACAUGUCCACAACUGAGAUGUAUCUAUGCCGCUGGCACCAGCCACCCCCUUCCCCCCUGCGCGAACCUUCACCUAAGAAGGAGGAGAUUGUUGCCAUCCCUUCUUGGAGAGAGAACUGUAUGGAUCCCCUGGAGGAGGAGGCAAUCUCUGACAUCCCUGAGAAUUUGGAUGACGGUGUGUUUUUGAAACGUCACGCAAAGCUAGAGCUGGAUGAGAAGAGAAGGAAAAGAUGGGACAUUCAGAGGAUCCGUGAACAGCGUAUGUUCCAGCGGCUCCAGCAACGCAUGAACAAGAAGAAGGGCAUCCAAGAGAGUGAGCCAGAAGUGUUGUCCUUCUACCCAGAUACAGAGGAUGUGGAGUCCCUGAUGAUCACACCCUUCCUGCCUGUGGUAGCAUUUGGCCGACCAUUGCCAAAACUCACACAACAGAACUUUGAGCUGCCUUGGCUGGAUGAGCGCAGCCGCUGCCGCAUUGAAAUGCAGAAGAAGCAGACUCCCCACCGGACCUGCCGGAAGUGAGACAAUGUCUUCGAACCUAUUCAAGAGUGAAACUUAAUUCUACUACACUGGAAAAAGACCAUUUUUAUGAGAGCCAAUCAGAAGAGUCUGACUGAGCUACCACUAGUGUAGCGCAUGGUAUGGCCUGCCAGGGAGCGUGGGCAAACUCUCUGACCAUCAGCCUCUUAUGGAUGAGGAUGAAGACCAGGGAGGGGCUUGUGGGUGGCAACAGCCAGCUGAUCUAGAUUCACCUUGGUCUCAAUUUAAAAUGGAGCAGCUGCACUUCAGUUCUGUUAAAAAAUGCAACAGAAUGUGUACCCAUGCUAAUUAUUAUAGCAAAAAUGUAAAACCCCAUGUGUAACCUCAAGCUUAUGGGCAAUGUUGCAUGUACACAUUGCAAAUAGAGCUCCCUUCACAGUCCCCACAUGAUUCAUUGUGGGGUUGGUCUUGGACGUAUUGCCAUUCAAAAUAGAAUGAAUUCCCCGAAACCGGUUUUCCCUGGUCUGCAUUUUUGCAGUGUAAUGUUUUCUUGUGUGGCCACAGGGCUUUAAAGAGCUUUCACGUUUGCACUAAUGCGGAUUCUGGGUUCCUAAUCCUCUCAGCAUUGUUUUUCUGCCAUAGCUUUACAUGUAUGCAUUGGCAGAGUUUUUUUUGUGCACUUGAAACUGGCUGGGAAAUGUAUAAGAAAUGACUUAAUGGUUUAAGCCUAAGGCUCAUGUCAACCAAAGUGGAGAUUAGCGUCAGGGCUCAACCAUGGGACAUUAAGGGACACCAGGAUGUGCUUGCAAAUGGUAACAGAUUAAACUGACUGGCUGAUGCCACAGCAGUUUGAAUCUUCUCAUGAAGCUUCCCAUAUCAUAGCUUAACCAGAAAUUGGAGUGAUUGGUGAAAACUAAUUGGUUUCUUACUCUUGGUCCUGGGGAUGCACGGUGUAUGCCGUUUUUGUUCCAACCAUAAUAUUACAUCACAUGUUAUUUGACUUGACGCUUUUAUCCAAAGCAGGAGCAAUGUGGGGUUAAGGGCCUUGUUCAAGGGUCCAACAGCUGUGCGGAUCUUAUCAUGGCUACACCGGGGAUCGAAUCACCGACCUUGUGGGUCAUGUACCUUGACCACCACGCUACAGUCUGUCAGCAGGGUACAAGCUCUAAUUUGUUCUUAAUUAGACACUUUUCCAGUCUGUUGAAUAUUAAUUAAAUCAUUUUUCAUUUAUUAAAUUACAAACUAUCAUCUGAAAUGAGUUUGGUCCUAUUUGCUGAGAGUGGAAACCUGAAAAGAAUAUGUAAAAUUAAUGUUUACUGACUGCAAAUGGCAUCAAACAAAUCUACAUUGUGCAAAAACUGCAUAUACCGUGGGUUCCCAGGACCAAGGUUGAAAACUCUAUGAUAUUGUGAACAAUAAUUAAACCUGAUCUACACUUGUCAUACACAAUAUCACUGAAAGAGCUCUUGCCCCAUAUAUUCCAACAACAUGACAACAUGACAACCCCCAGACUCCCAUACCUUGAACCUUUGGGUUCACUUUUCUUCCUGUCUGUAAAAUUCUGUAUUUUGCACUUCAGAAGUCAUAGCAAUGAACACAUUCUGAAAAGCUGCUGUGUUGAUUUAUGAAAAAAUAAAAAAUAAAAAACCCCGCUCUGAACAUGCAAAAUGAUGGUAAAAAGAAGAUAAACAAGUCUACAGUCAAGUGGGUUGAUUUUAAAGAAAUCCAUAUUAUGCAUGCAUGCUCCUUGGAUGUUAUUUUCUGCUGUACAGAUAUCACCAUUUGGGGCUGUGUGUCUGUUUUGCUUUCCUCUUGUUUACAGAAGGAUUGUUUUUUGUCUUUAAAUCGGCCAAUUUCUGUGUUUUGGCUGGUGUACCCAAAUAUGUAAAUAUUUACUGGCUGGUCAACUGAGGUUGGCAUUUUGUUGGCAGUAGAGAUUAAAACAAGUAUGGUAUAUAUGGCCCUAAUACUUAUUUGUGAGUUGAAUAGAAAGCAAACCAUUCACAGGAUACUUUGAUUUGACUAGGAUCAUUAUUUAGACACAAAGUUUAUUAAAGUUACUUAUAGUAACCAAUUUGGCUGUGUGCUGCAUCAAAGUGGUGGAAAUGCUACCUUAAAUUAGCAUUAAGGUAAAAGGCUGGAGAAGUAUAUCCCUCUGUUUGACUGGAAUGUGACAUUUGGCAUUGCUGGGUACACCUGUGUGUUGAUGCAUGCUGGUAUCUCACUUUUUGAGAAAAAUUUAACUGGUUUAUUUGACUAUGGCACCAUUCUGAGGUCUGCAGGAUUGACACCCAGUAGGUAAUCUGAAUCACAAUCAUUCUGGGUUCACCUGCAGUGGGUCUUCUCUGAGCUUCUCAGAGACUCAGUGUGGGCAAUAUUUUCUUUAUUUAAGGUAUGAUAUGAAAAAUUAUUUCUAUUAAUUCCAAAAGGGUCAUAUUUCCCAUUCUAAACAUUGAGACAUUUUGUUCUUUAUUGAACUGUUAUUAUUUAGAUGCUCCCACUGAUCUCAUUCCUGAUAGUGACCAUUGGAUGUGCCCUGGAGACCUCAGUUGCAAUGAAGCUUGUACUGCACCUAAAAACUGCACAUUUUUUGUGUUCUUGGAUUUGUCAGCAACUUCUAGUAGCAACAUUUGUGAGCAAAUUAUGAUUAUGGCUUUAUUCAGAGUUUGCCCCCAAACCCACUACUGUUGUGUUUAGGAGUUAAUCAAGAUGCUUAGCUCUUUUGAUUUUGUUCUUUUCCAUAUCUUAGUGACCUUUGCUGAUGUUAAACUGUCUGGUUCCUGUUGAUGCAGUGCUUGUGUCGCUGUGUGCUGCCCUAUCGCUUUCCCAUUUAACUGCUGGUAUGAUAGCUUCGUCUCUCACCACUGCAAUGCUACAGAAGACAAAUAAACCUAGAUUUUAGAAAUGUAAAAUUGGCCUUCUGUAUAUAGCUUCCAGAAAAACAUUGUACAUAUGGAAGACAUGGCUGUUAUUUUUUUAUUAUUUAAAGUCUGAGUGUUCAGUAUGUUCAGUAUUGAUAUUAUGUUUUAAAAAAUGCUUGUAUGUUGACAAAAUAAUUAACAAGUUUAAUUGUUUUGCAAUAAAAUACAAAAUUCUGAA